AUGAGGGCUUCUCCACGAACUCGAGCCUCAUGGCAUUGGUAUGCCGCUCUGGGAGCUCUAUUACCGGCCUGCUUAGCCAAUGCGAGCCCGGCAGUCAAUGUGGCUCUGCAAGCCUCGUUCGAUUCAUCUCCAUUCCUAGUUGAGCUACUAGAAACCGCCGCUGAAGAAAACGCAACCUCAUAUUUCCCAUUACUCGACCGAAUUGCCGACGGCGCCUUUGAGGAAGCUAUCUCGGAGAAGGAGCUAUAUGACCGGUUCUUGCAGGUCGUUCACGAAGAUGGGCACCUACGUACUCCCGAAAGCUUGUCGUCGUUCAAAUUAUCGUUGUCAACUCGGUCGUCGGCGCCUCGAAUCCAGGCUCAUUAUCAGUUCUACAAUACCUCGGUGCAGCAGUCGUUGAUGGGGGCGCAAGAUGCAGCUUGUCCUGUCUGGGUUCAUUUAGAGGGGAAGCAGUAUUGCUCGUCGCUGAUGGAGCGUGCGCAGCAGGAUGUUGAUGGAGAGUCCGAUCCUAGGGAACUACCCUUCGACCGUGUUCGAGGCGAUGUCUCGCUUCCUCCUGCUGUUCUCUAUGCAGAUGUAUCGGCUCCGACGUUCAAGGAGUUCCAUGAGAAAUUGAGCGAUAUGGCGAAGCAGGGCGAAAUUUCGUACCGCGUGCGCUAUCGGCCACCUCAGCACUGGACCUCGCGGCCACUAUUCGUCUCUGGAUAUGGCGUGGAAUUGGCAUUGAAACGUACAGAUUAUAUUGUGAUUGAUGACCGGGAUGCGGAGCAACGGGAUGAAAGUAGCAAAGAAGGCGCCCCAACUGGUUCUGAGGAACUGAAAGAGGAUGCCCCAGAUGACCUGCAGCCUCUAUCUGCUUCGGAAGUCUCCCGACUCGGUGUAAACUCUGCAAGCUAUGUGAUGGACAGUGAAGACCCGCUGAACACACUGAUCAAGCUGUCACAAAACUUUCCAAAGUACUCGGCUACAAUCGCUGCUCAUAAUGCCAGUGCAGAACUACGGCAGGAAAUUCGUGAAAACCGGGCUCGAAUGAUCCCGGCCGGGUACAAUGUUAUGUGGAUCAACGGCAUGCAAAUUGAUACCCGACAAAUUGAUGCAUUCUCUCUGCUCGAUAUCCUCCGUCGUGAACGGAAGCUCAUCGAUAAGUUCCGUGACCUGGGUUUGUCUGCCCAGGAGGCCGUGAAGCUUCUAUCCCACCCAACCCUGGCAGAGUCACAGGCCGAAGAUGACUCUCAGCGCUACGACUAUCGUGAUACUCUGGAAGGUGGGCAGGCCAUUAUUUGGAUGAAUGAUCUAGAGAAAGACUCGCGCUAUGAGUCCUGGCCAAGUGAUCUCCAGACAUACAUCACCAACACCUACCCGGGACAAUUGCCCCAAGUCCGCCGUGACUUGCACAAUGUCGUCAUGCCUGUUGAUCUAUCUAGCCCGGAAGACGUUAUGUUGGUUGUCAACCAAGUCCAGACUUUCAUCAAACGUCUGAUCCCUAUUCGGUUUGGCCUCGUGCCAACCGCCUCUUCCUCAGAUGCUGCCUCCCAGUUGAAGGUGGCACACUAUCUGCAGGAGACGUACGGACUCUCUUCAUUGCUCCACUACCUGGAAGAAUCUGCUUCUAGAGGCAAGGCUGGAGAACUUCACAAGGCCUCGUUUGCAACGGCAACCAAGGAGCGAAAGCCACGCCCAGAAAAGGAAGUCCUUUCUCUCGAUCAGGUACUGAAGAGUGAGCAUUACGAUAACGUGGCUACGCGCACUGCCGACUACCAGCGUCGCCUGAGCCUCCAUGGUGCAUCUCCUCAUUUCCUGGUCAACGGUAUCCCGGUCUCUCGCGAGACCAACUGGAUGCAGGAGUUGAGUAUGUUGAUUGGCAGGGAUCUGAAACUGAUCCAACAGGGUAUCAUUGAGGGUGUCUUCGAAGAAGAUGCUGUGCUGCCGGAGUUUUACUUGGCUGGUGCGUUCGAGAGCCGUAACACGUUUAUCAUGCCUGAGGACCCUAAGAGCGUGCGCAUCGUGGAUCUUGCCACCAUCUUUGGACCUGAUUCAACGGUUUUGGAUCAAAUACCUCGAAUUGAAAUUGAGAGCGGAGUUUUGGGCGGCAUUCAUGUCAUCGUUGUCGGCGAUUUCGAGUCAGAGACUGGGUUGAAGCUUCUCAUCAAUGCCUUGAAGUUCCGGAAGGAAAAUGGCGAAGUGGAACUUCUCUUGGUGCACAAUGGUGCUACAGAAUCUGAAGGGGGUAUAUCGCGCCUAGAUGCAAUUCAACAUGCCCUUACCAAGGGCGCGGAUAUCGACAGCAUUUUGAAUGCUGUCACUUCCUCUGCUGUUUCGGAUGCCGCGGCAUCUGACAGUCAGCAGAUCAUUCUUACCCACCGACGUCUUACUGAGCAACUGGGAUUCGAUGCUGGUGUGGAAGGUCUUGUUGUCAACGGCCGAGCAGUUGGCCCCAUCCCUAGAGAAUACUCAUUGAGCGUCGAAGAGAUUGGCCAGCUAAUCGCCUAUGAGCGAUCAAAGCGGAUUGAACCUGUUGCGAAAGCCUCCCUGGCCCUCCGAUUGAAUAAGAAGCUCACCAAGCCUCUUGAUCUCGCCAAACUGACCUCCAUGGUCACUCUUUCUACAAUCUCGGACGUGCCAGAGGGAAUCUUCGAGUCGAUGCCGGACUUCCGGUUGGAUGUUGCCGAUAAAUGGAAGACUGAGCACUCGGUUAUCACGGUCUCCAAUUCCGAAGACCCGGCGAUCAAUGUCGCGGUUGUCCUUGAUCCUGCGUCUGAAACUGCCCAGAGAUGGCUGCCAAUUCUCAAGGUCCUCUCUGAGCUGGCAGGUGUUCAACUAAAGAUCUUCUUGAACCCCAAGGACGAGCUUAAAGAGCUCCCCGUUAAGCGCUUCUAUCGCUACGUGCUGGAGUCAGAACCAUCUUUCACUGCCGAUGGAGCCCUGUCUCGCCCUGGAGCUUCGUUUACCGGCGUGCCCGUUGAGGCACUGCUCACCCUAGGCAUGGAUGUUCCCACAUCAUGGCUCGUGGCGCCAAAGGAGUCUGUUUACGACCCGGACAAUAUCAAGCUGAGUGCGCUCAAGACUGGAGCCAAUGUUGAUGCCAUUUAUGCUUUGGAGCACAUUCUCAUCGAAGGUCACUCCCGGGAUGUUACCACCAACUCCCCGCCUAGUGGGGUGCAGCUUGUCUUGGGCACCGAGGACAACCCUUAUUUCGCGGACACUAUCAUCAUGGCCAACCUGGGCUACUUCCAAUUCAAGGCACAGCCCGGCGUAUGGCAGAUCAAUCUCAAGCCGGGUCGUAGUGAGAAGCUAUUUAACAUUGACAGCGUCGGUGGUCUCGGAUACCGGCCCCAGCCUGGCGACGAAAGCACUGAGGUCACCCUUUUAUCCUUCCAGGGACGCACUCUCUUCCCCCGUCUCUCCCGCAAACCCGGCCACGUGAACGACGAUGUUCUCGAAACGGGACCUCAACCUGGCUCCACGCGAGACUACCUCUCCCGGGGUUUCAAUUUCGCCUCCGGUGUGCUUUCUAGCGUUGGGGUGGGCUCAAAACCCGACGAGCAACAUGCCGAUAUCAAUAUCUUCUCCGUCGCCAGUGGCCACUUGUACGAGCGUAUGCUCAACAUCAUGAUGGUCUCCGUUAUGCGACACACGAAACACACCGUCAAGUUCUGGUACAUCGAGCAAUUCCUCUCGCCCUCCUUCCGCGCAUUCCUACCCCAUCUUGCUGAAGAAUACGGCUUCUCCUAUGAGAUGGUCACGUACAAGUGGCCACACUGGCUGCGUCCGCAAAAGGAGAAGCAGCGCGAGAUCUGGGGAUACAAGAUGCUGUUCCUGGACGUGCUAUUCCCCUUGUCCCUGGACAAAGUGAUAUUCGUCGACGCCGACCAGAUCGUGCGGACUGACAUGUACGACCUCGUCACGCACGAUCUUGAAGGCGCACCCUACGGUUUCACCCCGAUGGGCGACUCGCGGACGGAGAUGGAAGGCUUCCGCUUCUGGAAACAAGGCUAUUGGAGCACUUUCCUGCGCGGCAAGCCGUACCACAUCUCCGCGCUGUACGUGGUCGAUCUAAAUAGAUUCCGCGCUAUCGCUGCUGGUGACCGUCUCCGUGGACAGUACCAGAUGCUUUCGGCCGAUCCUAAUAGUCUGAGUAACCUGGACCAGGAUCUGCCGAACCACAUGCAGCAUCAUAUUCCGAUUCACAGUCUGCCGCAGGAGUGGCUGUGGUGUGAGACAUGGUGCUCGGAUGAAGACUUGGCGUCUGCGAGGACGAUCGAUCUCUGCAAUAACCCGCAGACGAAGGAGCCUAAGUUGGCUCGGGCCAGGAGACAAGUGCCUGAGUGGACUGUGUACGAUGAUGAGAUUGCGGCUUUGGCGCAGCGUGUUGCGGCCGAGCAGGUUGGGUUUGUGCAGACUGGAGAGGAUGCUGGGCAGAAGGAGAAGGUUGUGUCUGUCGAUGAUGAGAAUGAGGAUGAUGACCGCAAGGAUGAAUUAUAG